AUGUCUCUGAUCCGCCGCGUGAUCCUUGGUCGGCGGUUCUGCACCGCCGUGCCAAGAAGAGCGGAGGACGUAAUGUCAAACCCAGAUUGUCGUCCUUUUCAGCUAAGCUUGAGAGUGAUGUACCUCUCCUCCGUCGACAACUUAGACACGGCGGCGAAGUACGCUCGUUUGGCCGUCUUCAGCAGAAUCAAAGCAGAGGACACGGAGGCAGCAGAGGACACGGAGGUUACAUGUCAAUCCAUAAUCAAAAGUAUGGUAUGGCAUAAAAGGCACAAGGAGGCCUACGAUCUCUACGAUUUCUUCUUCAACCAGCAUAAACUCAAACCCAAUCGCCGCAGCUGCAACUCCAUCCUCGAGUCUCGUAUCCAACAAGGUCUUGUCGACGAAGCUCUUGAUUUCCACCGAUCCAUCAAACCCGGCAUGGCCCGUUAUUACCCAAGCGAAGAUACUUUCAGGGUCUUGAACAAAGGAUUAGUCAACUCCGGUCGGUUGGACCAAGCCGAAACCUUGCUUAAAGGCGGGAAAGCAGUGGAUAGGGGCAUCUACCCUGAUCACGUGGCUUUCAGCAAUCUGAUUAGAGGGUUUUUGGAUCUUGGGAAUUUAGACAAGGCGACUCUAGUCUUGGAAGAUUUCAAAAAGGUUUGUUCUCGUAUUGACCCUUCAAGUUAUUAUCCAUAUCAUCCUCCUUUCCAUGGGGAAUUCGAAAACAGAGUCGCCUUCCUGAUGGCGGCGUUCGUGGAGUACUGGUUCAAGCAAGGCAAAGAGAUGGAAGCUAUGGAGUGUUACAACCAGUCUUUGUUCGCAAACAAGUUCCCGGUUCUGGCAUACACCGGUGACGCCUUCUUGGAAGUCCUGCUCAAAUACGGUAAAAAAAAACAUGCUUGGGACUUGUACCAUGGCAUGUUAACUGCGACACAUAAGAGAUGCUUUGGCUAUUCUACGGUUAAGACUAUGGUGAACGAGUGUUUUGAUAUGGGUCGGUGUAGCGAGGCAGUCGAGACCUACAACAAGGCGAAAGAGAAGAAGAGGUUCGUAAGGGGCAGCUACGUUAUCACAAGGUGCUGCGAGAUGGGGCUGUUGUCGGAAGCAGAGUCUCUCAUUGCUGCUGAUGGUUUCGAAUAUAUUGAGGGUACCACUUUCAAGACAAUGAUGGAUGCUUAUGUAAGGCCGGGAGAAUCGAUGAUGCUUUAA